AUGGAGAUGGUUUUAUUAGUAAAGAUUUUAACUAUCUUCACUGCGAUAAACUUCUUGUGCAACAAAUUCAGUGGACAAAUAACUGAGGAGAUAGGAGGAUUCAAAUCAUUGUACAUCCUCAACUUGUCCAACAAUGCUUUCACAGGUGCAAUCCCACCAUCGUUAAGUAACAUGCGAAAACUCGAGUCAUCAGAUCUCUCAGUGAACAGCCUGAGCGGGCAAAUUCCAGCAGAGUUUGCAAAGUUCACUUUCCUCUCGUUUUUGAAUCUCUCAAACAAUCACUUGGUUGGCAGGAUCCCACACAGCACUCAGUUUUCAACAUUGCCAAAAUCUUCCUUCGAGGGAAACAAGGAUUUACGGGGGCCUCCUUUGACAGCAGAUGACAUAGCUGCAGGGUUUUCACCACCGCUAAUGUCCAAUGGAAGGCGUGUUCCAAAUUCUGUCCAUGAUCAGAUUGAUUGGGAAGUGUUGAAAUUGGAUAUAUUGUUGGCCUUGGAGUUGCCAUUGGGUCCCUUGUGUUUUGCAAGGGAUGAACUAGUAUUUCAAAGCUGGGGAGGGCAUUGUCUUUUAGAUAUUUCCUCAUCUGGACAAAGCAAAUAG